AUGUCAUCAUAUAGAAGCAGAAGAGUCAUUCCAUCUUCUUUAAAUACCCCAACUACAAUUAGAGUGAACAAAUCACAAAAUAUAACCGGAUCAGAUGCUGAAAGACUUAUAACAGACUUUAUUAAUGCCAGUGAUGCCAAUGCAAAUGGUAUUGAAUCCAAAGAUUACGCAGGAUUAUCUAGAAGUAGUGAUGUCAGUGCUAUUUUGAGUCAGUUGAAAAGAAUUCAAAGAAAUUUGAGAGGUCUUCCUCCCAUAACAGCAGAAGCCACUAUUCCAUCUACAUCACAAAACACAUCUGAACCACCAAAUAAGAAAAUAAAAUUUAGCGAGGAUGAGGAGGAAGAAGUUGCAGUUGAAGAAGAAGCUGCUUCCACUAGAAUUGAGUCCGGCAAUGAAGAAGAGGAAGUUGAUGAAGAUGAGGAAGAUAUAGAGAAGUCCAAGAAGAAAGACAAGAAACACAAAAAGGAAAAGAACGAAAAGAAGAAAAAGAGUAAGGAUUGA